AUGUACACCAAGACUAGAUAAGCCACUUUGCAUACUUAGUUUCUUAAAAAUGUAUCUGGACUGACUUUUGAAAAGGGCUAAACUUUUUUUAUGGAUUUUUUAAAUAUGUUUUUAAUCAAAAAAUGACUACUCCUACAAAAAAGUGUUGUAUGGGUGAUUAUCACAAAAUAAGUCAAAUUUUAAGAAAAAAAUACUGAAAAAAAUCCAAAAUGAGCCCUACACUGAAAAAAAUCAUUUCUAAAAAUUCAAAGUUAAUUUAAAAAAAAAACACCAUUUUUGAUUUUGAUGAAAUUUUGUCUCAAGACAGGUAAUUAUGUUCCCUACCAACCGUCCAUACAUCACAUGAUGGGCACUUUUAAGGAAAAAAAGUUUUUCUAACAAAAACUUUUUCAUGUCCAAAUUAUUAUUUUUUCAGUGUCUUUUUUUUAAACAAACUAAACCAGUGAAGGUUAUCUAGUAAUCUCAAAAUGCAAUGAAACUUAUUGUGUCAUAUGCGACAAUGCAAUGCACCCAUAUUCACGCAGCAGCACUCUAGAAGUACGAAACAAUAUACAAUUAGAACACGCAUUUCAUACGUGCUGCUGUAAUUUCUACCCAAACGUUUCUACCCCAUGUUCUUAUCUAAUAUUAGGUAAGGCUAUUUAUUAGAUUCGAACUACCUAAUCGAAAAAAAAAAAACAAAUCAAGAGUUGUACCUAAAGCAAAUAUGAACAAAACAAGAAAAUGAAUCGGUAUCAUUCAACGUGUUACUUCUCUUUGGUUAUUAAAGGCAGUUCUGAAAAGUAAUGGAUCAAUCGUAUAAAUCAAAAUUCAACAAAUUCAAGUGCAGUGCAAAAAUAAACAAUCCAAAGUGCAACCGUCAUAAUCUACGGGGCAUGUCAUUAAGAUUGAUAGAUAAAAUUCAUUCCAUGGGAUAUACACAUGAAAUCGACGAAUCGAUGAGUAUUUGUGAGUCAUGUCGUGGAUUGAUAAGUCACAACAGAAGCCCGAAUACGAAAAAACGCCGAUCGGAUGGAAACGACGAAACUAUGCAACCAUCAUUUAGUGGGCAGCAACAUCAUGAUGUUCCAGAACCAGAACCGUCAACGAGUGGUCAACAAAUCGAACAUGAGCUGGAUAUGGUACCAUCUAUUCCAUCAUUGGAGUCAAUUCCGUCAACAGAUCAACUACAGGGUCCCCAUAAUAUUGAAAAGUUUAAUACCAUUGCUGAAACAUUGAGUUUAUCGCCAAUCUCAUCUAGAAACAUGAGAAGUAUGGAAUAUCGCAUAAACAAAUCAUUGCAGAUUACGAAAGCAGUUCGAAAAAAAAUCUUCGGAAUAGAUUCAACGGAUGUUGGCAAAGUGGAGGCGUAUGACGAGAUAAUUAUGCAGUUAAAGGAUAAGUUCAAUCACCCUACAACUGACAGAAGCGAACAGAUUAAAAUACUAUCUGUACUUCCUAAGUCUUGGUCGGUAAAUAAAAUCACAAGAGAGUUUAACGCACCAAUGUAUAUGGCGAGGCAGGUCAAGGAUCUUGUUUAUGAACAGGGUAUUCUUUGUACCACCGAAAAAAGAAGGGGGCAUGGUAUUGAUGACGAUACAAAACAAAUAGUAAGAGAAUAUUUUGAUGAUAAUGAUAUCAGCAGGCCAAUGCCAGGAGCAAAUGAUUUUGUUUCUGAGGUUCGAAAUGGAAAAAACACAACAAGUUCAAAAACGACUUUUGAUGAUGUCGCUCAAAGAGGCUUAUAUGAUUUUUGUAGAUAUGUACAAAACUGUGAAUAUUGGUUUCACAGUAUUUACACAGUUGCGACCAAAGCAUUGUAUUUUACUUGAUUCUACUGGUAUACAUAAUGUAUGCAUAUUAGCCUGGUACACGGUUUAUAUGGGAAAAUAAAAAAAAUGGAAAAACUCUAACUCCUGUAUACUUUUUGAGUUCCACUUUGGUCCCAUAUCAACUGUGCAAAAUUUCAGAUCGAUCGGAAAAACUAUAUUUUAGCGCCCGCCAUUCUUAGUUUUUCAUACGAUUUACUAUGGAGAAAAUUUACUUCUACAAAGAAAAAUCGCUAGGAGUCACCCCUAGACCCCUAAAAAUAAGUCGAUGAAUGAUUUCUGUAGGAAACUUCAUGAGGAAUCAGACAUCCGAAGACCGCAAACCGAUGUGACGUUCGUGGAAAAAGUUAUUAAGCCUCACCCGAUUGAUAAAAUGACGAGAUUUUAUUAUUUAUUGUUAUUCCUUACAUGUUAAACAGCGUUGGCAUGCCAUACGGUUUUCAGUCAAUAACUUUUUCCACAUGCCUUGGAUCGUUUUGCGGUCUUCGGAGGGUUGAUUCCUCGUAAAAUUUCCAACAAAAAUCAUUCAUCGAUUUAUUUUUAGGAGUUAAGGGGCAAUC